CAACAUUUAUUACUAGAACCUUCAUUUUGAUAAAAUUAUGAGAUUAAGGAUUACUUUGUUUGAUGAAGUGAGGUGGGCGGCAUGAGUUUUGUGUCAUUGAGGAUACCUAGAAUUCAAAGGUAUAUAUUAGGCAUUUACUAAAUGUUAGCUAUGGCAUCAUGCUUUAUGACGCAGGAAAUUUGUGUAGAGUAAGUGGUGAGGCAAAGAUGUGGUUGAUGAGGCGGGUGAGUAAUUACAUGUUGGAGUUAGGAUCGUUUGUUAUCCAUGAAGCUUAGCUCAUGCAGAUGCCGGUGUCAAAAGAAGAUGAUCACAGUUGAGGAAUGAGAUGCUGUGAAUUACACAAGGAUGGCAAAAUAUGCAAGAGGUGUCUACAUCCUGUGCUUCACGUGCCCCUUUUACACUGUUCAAAACUGGCUAACAUCUGAUUGAAGAGCUAUGCAGAAGGAUAAGGAUGCUACUACUAGUGCCUUUUCGACUCCGACAUUUCGAAAUAGGCAGCGCAAACGCUCCAAUGAGACUGAUACAGAACUUAGCAAAGCAAAUGGGAACCAUUUACUUGUUCAUGACAAGAACAAAUACAAGUCCAUGUUGAUCCGUGCAUACUCAACCCUUUGGAUGAUAGGGGGCUUUGCGUUAAUCAUCUACAUGGGUCACCUCUACAUUACAGCCAUGGUUAUUGUCAUCCAGAUCUUUAUGGCAAAAGAGCUUUUCAAUCUACUUAGAAGAUCUCAUGAAGAUAGGCAGCUGCCUGGAUUUAGGCUUUUGAAUUGGCAUUUUUUCUUCACUGCAAUGUUAUUUGUGUAUGGUCGUAUUCUCAGUCAACGCCUUGUCAACACAGUGACCUUAGACAAAGUUUUAUAUCAGCUUGUGAGCAGCCUUGUAAAAUAUCAUAUGGCUAUCUGCUACUCCUUGUACAUUGCAGGAUUUAUGUGGUUCAUUCUCACAUUAAAGAAGAAGAUGUACAAGUAUCAAUUUGGUCAGUAUGCCUGGACACACAUGAUUCUGAUUGUUGUGUUUACACAGUCCUCCUUCACCGUGGCAAACAUUUUUGAAGGAAUAUUCUGGUUUCUUCUUCCAGCCUCCCUUAUUGUCAUUAGUGACAUUGCUGCUUAUAUCUUUGGUUUCUUCUUCGGAAGAACCCCUUUGAUAAAGCUAUCUCCAAAGAAAACAUGGGAAGGUUUUAUUGGUGCAUCGGUUACAACUAUCAUCUCUGCAUUUUUGCUAGCAAACCUCAUGGGUCGCUCUAAGUGGCUAACAUGUCCUAGGAAGGAUUUAUCAACUGGUUGGCUUCACUGUGAUCCAGGCCCACUGUUUAAGCCAGAGUCUUAUGCCUUACCAGGAUGGGUUGCUCUCUUUUUUCCAUGGAGAGAGAUAUCAAUCCUACCAGUGCAAUGGCAUGCACUCUGUAUUGGCUUGUUUGCUUCUAUUAUUGCACCUUUUGGAGGUUUUUUCGCAAGUGGUUUCAAAAGAGCUUUUAAAAUAAAGGAUUUUGGUGACAGUAUCCCGGGACAUGGUGGAAUUACUGACAGAAUGGACUGCCAGAUGGUGAUGGCUGUUUUUGCAUACAUCUAUCAUCAAUCAUUUGUUGUGCCUCAAAGUUUCUCAGUUGAACUGGUUCUGGAUCAGAUAUUAAUGAACCUAUCCUUCGAAGAACAAGAAGCUUUGUAUCUGAGGCUUGGGCAAAUGCUGGAAGGGAAGAUCGUAGGGCAGUCGUAGAUCCACGUUGGAAAGCUUCACACUUUAUGCGUUUCAUUCACAAGUGAAAUGGAAGAUAUAUUUGUACAUGUGUGCUAGCCAUUACGUGAGUGAAAAGAUUAAAAAGAUUGAGGCAGCUGUCAAGAUGUGUAUAGUGUACCGUGACCAUUAAAAUCUCUCCUUUCUCUUGGCCAAUCGCACACUAUUGUGAUUCAGAAUCUCAGAACGUGGUUGAAUUUUGACCAAGACCUAAAAUCUGUCUAAUUAAUUCUGAUGUAAUACUUCAUGGAGUCUCAAUCAUGACGUGUGACCUUACACGAGGCAACAUUGUGAUACUGGAUAGAUUGUAAAAUAAAUCUUGUAUUCUUGCUAGAAGAUUUGAUAAUAAAUUCAUAAUUUUGCAAGUUCUGGGAA